CUGUCGACUCCUCUAAAGUGUGCUGCUGCUAAUUAUCAGCAAUGUUCACAGACAACGGCAAAUUGACCCUACUGCUGGUCUUAGUGUCACUGAGUGCUUCGGGCUGCAGAAUAAUGAAGUCGCUGUGCAAGCCGUAUCCUUCAAUGGAAUUUACGGACGAGGGAAUGCAGUGCUCUGGUAUGACGGUGACGCAGGUGCCGAGGUUGCUGAAUAACAGACUGCAGUUGUUGCUCCUGACGGGUACAGCCAUCUCGUCUCUGGACAACUCCACCUUCGGCGGCCGUGAGUUUCCGCAGCUGACGACCCUGAAUGUAACUCAGGGUAAUCUAUCCAGAGUCGGAGCCGACGCCUUCUGCACCCUGCCGGCGCUGACACAUCUGUACUUGUACAGCAACCGGUUGGAUAAGCUAGACGAGUUGAGUUUCACCUGUAACAAAUUUUUAAGAACCGUAGACUUGAAGGAUAACCCCAGCCUCCGUCACCUGCCACGACUGGUCAGCUCUUCCGUGGAACAUCUGUACCUGGACAACUGCAACCUUGCUACCAUGGACAUUGCUACCAUGGAGGGGAUGACAGCCCUGAAGGUUCUCUCUCUGGUGGAUAAUCGAGAGCUCCACUGCCAGUCCAUAAAGAGGGAGUUCAAGCAGGCUCGCCCAGAACUGCUGGUAAUCUGCGAAUGUUCUGCUGGAGAUCUCCCUUCCUCGACAUUACCUGGUGAAGAGGAAUGGACUUCCAAAAAACCUUCUACUGAGUCAUAUAUACCAGCAAUAGCCUCUACUGAUCCUCACAUAGUAGUUAAUAUAAUUUUUAAAACUUUUAUUAUAGUUAGUGUAACUAUUACAGUCUUAAUUAUUAUUAAAAAUUUUAUAAGUAAUCGUAAUCAUAAUACAAAUCAAAAUUCAAAUAACCAUAAAUUAUCAUUAAAAAUAAAUCUAUAAUAUGUAUUAUAAAUUACUAUUAAUAGUUGUUAUAAUAAGUAUUUUAGUUCUUUACAGUAGUUUAAGGUGCCACGAAAUUAUAGCUUUGAAAUUUGAAAUUAUUACUAUUAAUAGAAUUUCAGUUGUGCAGUGUGUGUACAGACUUCAUUCUAAACACACCAUCCUGUAAUCAUUAUUAAUAGCUACUGAAAGCAAAAGAAUGGAAAUCUUGCCAAAAAAUGUUAGCGUUUGUCACCAUUUUUUACAGCUGUCAAUAAAUUUACCGGUGCUAGCAAUUUUUGACAGGAGCGCCAUUCGUAAUAUUGGUUAGCCCUGUCGAACUGUGCCCAACAGAGAAACGUUUUCAUAUUUAUCAGCACUGAAAAUGGCAAAAUACAGCAAUUUUUCCAUCACAGAAUACAAAUAGGUAAAUGAUUAUCGACAGUUUCCUUUCCAUUGCCACUAUGAAGUUGUUGCGAUAGAAAAUCGUAGUCCAGCUGGGACUGUAAACUGCUGUCAGAAACCGGUAUUUUUAAAUAAAUGUUAAUUUCUGACAACAGUUUAAAGCCGAGUAGAAUCAUAGUUUUCAAAUUUAACCACACAGGGAAGGGGCCAGUCUCAUGCCCAUCGUAAGGUAGGAGUGAGUAGUGGUCAAUUAGUAAUAGUCGAAUUUAUAUUGUACUGUAUGGUAGCGAGUGACAGAAUUUAAUCGGUUCUAGGUAAGUUUACCGAAGAAAGCUCACUCACUCGUUUCAUUCGUUCUUUAACUUUCUUAGGAAAACUUACCCAGAACCAGCCAGGUUAUUCUAAUCUUCGAAAUUUUUUCACCUAUAGCUCACCUUUUUUUGAUAAAAACUUGACUUUUUUCUGAAAAAGCGUAAGUAAGAGAAAAGUUUAAUAUCUUCUGAAAAAAGUGGGCAUAAAGUUAUCCUCCAGAACUUAUUUAUCUAAAAUUCACCUCAUUAUUUCUUCUUUAACACCCAUGAGAUUUUUAUGAACUCAAUUGUUUAUGUUUAUUGAGGUAAGACCUGGUCACAAUUUCACGUUAAAGAUAAAUGUUAAAUAUUAACAUAAAACGUUAAACGUAACCAACCAGGACAUGUUGGUUCUUACUUGGGAUAGUACAAAAUUUCUAAUUCUGGUCGAAGAAUACUACAUUAAAUACGAACAAAUCCUUCUUUUUUUUAAAGAAUAUUGCUGUCUCUCUUCAUUUCAAUGAAUUUAUUUUUAUUGGAACCUUUAACAAUAUACACAUACAAAUUUUACCAUUUUGUUCACUCAAUAAAUACACAUAUGUAAACCUAUUUUGAUCUUUACUACAUAAGCAUAAAUUGUAUAAACUCCAUUGUGGGAAAAUCUCUCCAUCGUUGUUUAAAAUAAUUUUUUAUUUCUUCUUCACUUUCUAUAAUUUUUUCUUAGUUCUGCAAAAUAUUCUUGUGUUGUCUCUUUAAAGGCUAUGUAUUACCCAAAUAUUCCAGUUUUCUUUCUUGUGUGCUUAAGUUUUCUAAUUCUUGUCCUCGUUUUCUAGUAGACUCUAAAUGUAUCUUAUUAGUUUUUUUUAAUUUCUUUAAUUGAAUACCGAUUAAGUUUGCUUUGUGCAUUUGCCGGCCGGUGUGACCGUGCGGUUCUAAGCGGUACAGUCUGGAACCGCGCGACCGCAUUCUUGUUCUCGUUUUCUAGUAGACUCUAAAUAUAUCUUAUUAGUUUUUUUAUUUCUUUGAUUGAAUACCAAUUAAGUUUGCUGUGUGGAUUCGCCGGCCGGUGUGACCGCGCGGUUCUAAGCGCUAAAGUCUGGAACCACGGGACCGCUACGGUCGCAGGUUCGAAUCCUGCCUUGAGCAUGGGUGUGUUAUGUCCUUAGGUUAGUUAGGUUUAUGUAGUUCUAAGUUCUAGGGGACUGUCGACCUUAUAAGUUAAGUCCCAUAGUGCUCAGAGCCAUUUUUUUUACUGUGUGCAUUCAGUCUUUUCUACACACAUAUGGGAUAAUAUUAUUUGACUUUAUUAAUCCAAAUUCUUCGAUAUUUACUUCUUUGUAUAUUGCAGAAUAUGAGCUAUUGGAUUUAGAGCAAUAUCUACCUCCAGAUUGUAUAAAGCAUGUUUCUUUCACAGAAAUUACAUUCUCUGUCGCUUCAAAAAUUUCUGUACAAUAAAUGGGCAAAAAGCACAUGAAAUUAAUUUAAUCAGUUUUUCUCUUUCUUCUUUAUAAUCUCUUACAAUUUUUAUUUGUGUUUGUGUCAAUUUUUUCGCAUUUUUGCUACCCCAACAGACAUAUUGCAGUAGAUUUUUUGUACAUAAGCUAACAAAUAUUUGGUAACGAAUGUGUUAAUUUUUAGCACAUUUUGGAUAAUGAAACAGAAUAAAAAGGACCAUUCUCAAACUAUUCGCUGUUAUUUGUUUUUCAUUCUACACGGUCUGUUAAUGGAUCGAAUUCUUGCUCUUUUUGGGAAUCUGGGUUAAUAUAAUUGUAAAUUCUUCCUUCCUAUCUUGUAACUGUACUUUAUUUAGCUAAUUUAAAAGCAAAUGUUUUCUAUAAUGUACUGUCUGGACAAUUCAAAAAUCUAUAAUGUGACUGCCUAGCUGUUUCUUAACUCCUGCACAUCUGCUGUUCGUGGUCUAGUGGCUAACGUUGCUAUCUAUGGAUCACAGGAUCCUGGAUUCGAUUCCUGCCUGGGUUGGGGAUUUUCUCUGCCUGGAGAGUGCGUGUUUCUGUUGUCCCCAUCAUACCAUUAUCAUUAGUGAAAGUGACUCUAUUUGACUGUGUACAGGUUGGGAAUUUGUACAGGCACUGAGAGCCCCACAAACCAAACAUCAUCACAACUGCUGGACUUGUUAACUAGCAGAUUAAUUUGUUUCAGAUUUUCACUCUAUAAUUAGGAUUUAUCCAUAUUAAUCAGUCUUUUCCUACAGAAAUAUUGUUGUUAACUAUCAGACUACAUUAUUAUUUGUAUUUUACAUGCAAAUUCAAAUUAAAAUUAUUUGUUAAGUUUUUGAACAUUUCUUUUUGUUAAAAAUUCCACAAAAUCUUGUGUUAUGUCUAACUUUAAUGAAAAACAGUGUUCCUUAUAAAGAAUAGUUGAUCGGACUUGGCAUUUGAUAAUUCUACCUUGUAAGGAAUAAUAACUGGAUUAAGAUAUUGAUUUCUUAUAAUAUCUGUAUCUACAUUAAUAACUUGUUUAGCUUCUUUACAUGUUUUUAUAUUAGAGUCUGAAACAAGAGGUAACUUAGCUUUAACAGCAUGUUUAAUACAACAAAAUUUAGAAGGUGCUCCUCUGAAGGAACUGUUAAAUAAUCUGCAUACCUCUCUCUAAACUAAAAUAUUUUUAACCUAUGUCUUUUGUACCGUGUAUUAAGUCUGUAAUUUUAUCUAUCAUAAUAUCAUCACAGAAUGGUUAUGUAACUGGUAAAAAUUCUAAUUUUUUUCUCAUUGUGUGUAAUUAAUAUCCUCAAUGUUUGUAAGAAGAUUAUUAUUAUUUAUAUCAUAUGUGUGAAACUAUAAGCCAAGUCUCUCAUUAGUUGGUUUUGUUUUAUUUCCCAGAAGCUACUUUAUAAAGGAUUUUUAUUUGUAGUACACAUUUUAUUUUCUGCGUCCAUUUAUAGGGCUAAAAGAUAUUUGAUUUGUGUAAAAGCAGCUAGUCAUAAUUAUUAUUAAAAAAAAUACAAAAUUUAAUUUUUUCAAAUUGUAGCUGAAACUGGGUUAGAUGAGAGUAAAGUAGAGUAUUUUUUACCUAUUUGAUUUACUUGUCUUAUUUUUUUAUUCUUAGAUUUUUCUUAUUCUAGUUUUCCAAUACAUUGUUCUUUCUCUUCGACUUUCAAAUUAUUUUCAAAUAUUUGCAAGUUUUUAUUUUCUUACUCUUUUUUCUCUAGCCAUUUGCAAUUUAUAUUCUGUAUAUUUCCUUACUGAAGUCAAAACUUUAUCACAAGUCCAAUCUUGAAAUUUUUCAUCUUGUUUCAUUUUUGAUUUCAUGAAUAGAGAUUAUGGAACUGGUUGAUUACUGAAUUCAGUAUGUGGUUGCACGUUUGAAAUGUGUAAUUGAUGAUUACGUCUCAUCCCAUCAAAUAAAAUACAAUAAUGUCAA